CAUUGCGUUCAUCCUCCAUGAAAAUGGAACACAAUCUAAUAAUUGAUCCAUAGGCCAUAGCAGAGUCUCAAUUAAGCAACCCUAGAUACUCAGAUUAAUUAUUAUAGUUAUAUAAUUAUUAACGGUGCAUCACUGCAUGGCCUGCACACUGCACACACCAGAUUUUAAAUGGGCGACGGUGUUUGGAUCUGAGCCUUCCUCCAGUUAAUGUCCUGCAACAACUCAUUGUAGCAGAAGAAGAAGAAGAGGAAGAAGAAGAUGCAGCAGAAGCAGGCAGAGGAGGCGAUAGUGUCGCGGAGCAACAGCACCUUGAAGGAGGAGCUGGAGCAGGACAUCGACGUCGGGGAGGGAGAAGAAGAGGCCGCCGGCGCGCAUGGAUUCAGCAUGAAGAACUUCCUCUGGCACGGCGGCUCCGCCUGGGACGCCUGGUUCAGCUGCGCGUCCAAUCAAGUGGCGCAGGUGCUGCUGACGCUGCCGUACUCGUUCUCGCAGCUGGGGAUGGCGUCGGGGGUGAUCUUUCAGCUCUUCUACGGCUUCAUGGGAAGCUGGACCGCCUACCUCAUCAGCGUCCUCUACAUCGAGUACCGCUCUAGGAAGGAGAAGGAGAACGUUAAUUUUAAGAAUCAUGUCAUCCAGUGGUUCGAGGUGUUGGAUGGGCUGCUGGGACCGUACUGGAAGGCCAUUGGACUCGCCUUUAACUGCACCUUCCUCCUCUUCGGCUCCGUCAUCCAACUCAUCGCUUGUGCCAGUAACAUUUACUACAUCAAUGAUCGGCUGGACAAGAGGACAUGGACCUACAUAUUUGGCGCCUGCUGCGCCACCACCGUCUUCAUCCCUUCCUUCCACAACUACAGGAUCUGGUCCUUCCUCGGCCUCGGCAUGACCACCUACACCGCUUGGUACCUCGCCAUCGCCGCCAUCGUCCACGGACAGGCCGACGGCGUGACGCACUCCGGUCCAACCAAACUGAUGCUCUACUUCACCGGCGCCACCAACAUCCUCUACACCUUCGGCGGCCACGCCGUCACCGUGGAGAUCAUGCACGCGAUGUGGAAACCACAAAAGUUCAAGUAUAUUUACUUGCUGGCGACGCUGUACGUGUUCACGCUGACGCUGCCGUCGGCGGCGGCCGUGUACUGGGCGUUCGGCGACGAGCUGCUGAACCACUCCAACGCGUUCUCGCUGCUCCCCAAGUCGCGGUGGCGGGACGCGGCGGUGAUCCUGAUGCUGAUCCACCAGUUCAUCACCUUCGGCUUCGCCUGCACGCCGCUGUACUUCGUGUGGGAGAAGGUGAUCGGGAUGCACGACGCCAACAGCAUCUGCGUCCGCGCCGUCGCCCGCCUCCCCGUCGUCGUUCCCAUCUGGUUCCUCGCCAUCAUCUUCCCCUUCUUCGGCCCCAUCAACUCCGCUGUCGGCGCCCUACUCGUCAGCUUCACGGUCUACAUCAUCCCCGCCAUGGCCCACAUCCUCACUUACCGCACCUCCGCCGCGCGCCAGAACGCGGCGGAGAAGCCGCCCUUCUUCCUCCCGAGCUGGACGGCGAUGUUCGUCGCCAACGCCUUCGUCGUGGGGUGGGUUCUGGUCGUCGGAUUCGGGCUGGGCGGGUGGGCGAGUGUGACCAACUUCGUGAAGCAAGUGGACACCUUCGGCCUCUUCGCCAAGUGCUACCAGUGCCCCAAACCGCAACCACUGCCUGCUGCCGGACCGCAGCAGCCGCUUCACUGAUCAUGCAUGUUUCAUUAUGACAUAUUGGCUUCUGCUUUUGCUUCUUGUUUGCCGCCUGUAAAAUAGGAACGGGGGAAGAAGGGUUGUGUGGGUUCGGGAGAAGGGUUGUGUGGGUUCGGGCUUCAGCUUUAAUUGUUCAAAUUAAUGUCCUACCAAAUUGUGUCCCGGCGUCGCUGCUCGAAGCCUCGAAUUGGUUAGCCGGAGCGCAGAACCUUUGCUGUGUGACCGUGCAAGGCCUGUGCAUGUGAGGGAGUUGCAUGGGUCAGUCAUUAUGACGAGCACAUGGCGUGCGUCUUUUAUAAUUAAAUCAAAGUCAUUUUUUAAGCUAAAUAAAUAAAUAAUUGUACGCU